AUGGCCCCCCCAGGACCACCAUUCACAAUCCACCACCUGCACGUCGGGCAAUCGGAACGCAUCAUCUGGCUCGCGGAAGAACUCUCCCUCCCCUACACGCUGGAACUGCACACACGCAACCCGGUCUUCUCACCCCCAUCACUCACAGUACUGACACCACAAGGCUCGGCACCGGUGCUCUCGUCCACCACCCCCUCAGGCCAACCCUUCAACAUCAGCGAAACGGGCGCGAUCGCAGAAUACCUUCUCUCCCCCUUAUACAACCCAUCCGGCCACCUAACCGUCCGCCCGGGAGCGGAGAACUACCACGCGUACCUGUUCUGGCUGCACUUCGCGAACGGCACGCUCCAGCCCGCACUAGGCCGACAGAUCAUCGCGACGGGGCUCGACCCCACCGGCGCGAACCCGCGCUCCGCCGGGGCCAAGGAGCGGAUCGAGCGCGCGCUGGGCCAGCUGGACGCACGGCUGGCGGAGACGGGGGCGUGGCUCGUCGGUGACGAGUUCACCGCCGCCGACGUCCUGACCGUGUGGUGUGUCACCACCAUGCGGCAGUUUGUGCCGUGGGAUUUGGCGCCGUAUCACGGUAUUCUGGCCUGGUUGGGCCGUGUCGCGGAGAGGGUUGCGUAUCGUACAGCUAUGGAGAAGGGGGAUCAGGGCCUGGAUUGGAGGAAGGCCAUGACUCCUGAGGGGCCGGGCUUGUUUCCGCCUAUGAAGGCUGCGAUGGAGCGCGCUGCUGCUGCGGCGGCGGCGGGUGGAGCGGGAGGGGCUAGGCAGUCGAAGGCUUGA